AUGUACAUACCUGAUGCGAUAUUGGCCACUGCUGCAAGGCUGAGUACCACGGUACUCAAGGCUUUCGACAAUAUAGCGGCAAACAUUGUUUCCGGGGCCCUUUGCGAAACGUGUGUGUCGUUAAUCUUGAAGUCUCAAUAUACCAACCAAUAUUCGACUGGCGAACUAGGAAGCGAUUGGAGAGCUGUGUCUCUGCUGAGUGCUAUUCUGGUAUAG